UCUUCUUCUUCACCACUGAUCCAAAGAGACCUCAUUUGAGCCAAAACCAGAGAACCAAACUCCACUCCAAUGGCUUCCCUAUCAAUGACCACACUCGCCUCAGCCACCCGCGCCACCCUAAACCGGCCGAGCUCCGACUCCUUCUUCAACCCCAUUCCGAUAAUAAGGCCUUCAAACAAGAGAAUACUUCCUCUUGCCAAGCCCAACUCCGGUGCCCGUCUCCAAGUCCAGGCCUCGUCUCUGAAAGAAAAGGCCACGGCCGGCCUAACCGCGGCGGUGCUUACGGCGUCGAUGGUUGUUCCGGAAGUGGCUCAGGCAGCGGGGAACGACGUUUCACCAUCGUUAAAGAACUUCUUGCUCAGCAUCGCAGCCGGUGGAGUCGUGGCCACGGCCAUUAUCGGAGCUGUUGUUGGUGUCUCCAACUUCGACCCUGUUAAGAGAACCUGAGAAAGGAAUGUCCGCCGCCGCCGUGUCCGCCGCUACCGCCGCCGCUAUGUUCGAAGCUGUAUGAUUAAAUUUUCAUUGAAUAGUAUAUUUUGACUUGGUUUAAUUCUGUUAUGUAUAAUACUAUACUUAAUGGCUUGAAUUUGAUU